AAGAUUUGAAAAUUAAAUGUCCAAAGUAGUCAAUGUAAUACAAGAAAAGAAUAUAAAGCUUUAGUAGCUAGGACGAUCCAUAUGGGUGAAGACAGGCAAAGUAAUGAAUGGAAAAAAAAAAACCUAGAAAAGACCAUGAAUCUAAAAUAUCUUUAGACCAUGAAUCUAAAAUAUAUAUAAUAGGUAUGGCAUAUAAUCACUGAAGAACAAAGAGGAACACUCUAGGACCGAACCUGGAGAACGCCUACAAGAAGCGAUCUUGUAAGCGUUCCUAGCGUUUCUCACAAACAUCAAACAGGUUGAAAUGUCCAAUACGGCCCCGCCCUUCGUCAUUGGGCUGUUGCCGAUGCGUUGGCGAUUCCCGGCCUCGAGGGGGCAUCUGGAGAACCGCGGGCGCCUGGAGAGUACGCAUGCGCACUGCUCCCAGGGUUUGCAGCAGAAACUGCUCUCGCGCCCUGUUACGCUCACGGCGUUUACCGUGCGCAGAGCGCUCACGCACGCGUACUGGGGUGUCCACCGGGCAUCGCGCUCUCCCGUUAUUCCAGUUUCUCUGGGAGCAGCCGAGUUGACCCCGCGGUCUAAGAUGUCCAAGCUGCCCGCAGACAGCAGUGUCCCGCAGACAGGCGCGGCGAAUGGUGAUAGAGACGUCCCGCAGGCAGAGGUAGGCCGCGGGAGGCGGGAGCCGGCCCCGGCGCAGCUUGAAGAGGCUGGGGAAGGGGCGAUGGCGGCGGCCAGGGGAGGCCCGGUGCCGGCGGCCAGGGAAGGCCGGAUGGCGGCGGCCAGGGGAGCCCCGGUGGCAGCGGCGGCGGUGGCCAGGGCAGCCGCGGCGGGUAGGGAAAGCCCAGCGGCGGCGGCGGCCAGAGAAGCCCGGAUGGCGGAGGUCGCCCGCUUGCUAGGGGAGCCGGUGGACGAAGAGGGUCCCGAGGUUAGGCCCAGGUCCAGGCACGCGAAUGGAGGCCUGGCUGCGUUGCCCUAUCUCCGCCUCCGCCACCCACUUAGCGUUUUAGGAGUCAAUUACCAGCAGUUUCUCCGCCACUAUCUGGAAAAUUACCCGAUUGCUCCUGGCAGAAUACAGGAGCUUGAAGAACGCCGCAGGCGAUUCGUGGAAGCCUGCAGAGCAAGGGAAGCAGCGUUUGAUGCCGAAUAUCAGCGAAAUCCUCACAGGGUGGACCUCGAUAUUUUAACCUUUACGAUAGCUCUGACUGCAUCUGAAGUUAUCAACCCUCUGAUAGAAGAACUUGGUUGUGAUAAGUUUAUCAAUAGAGAAUAGUUACGUGGUGACACUUCAAGAGAACCUCUGCAUUCCAAUCAUACCAAUCCUGCAACUUGAUUUUCAGAAGUCAGAGUAUAUCGAGAUAAUGCAGUGCACAGGUGGAGGUGGAGGGGAAAAAGACAGAGGGAAGCUUAUCUUGAAAAAGCAGUACAGAAGAAAUUGAAAAAAAUGUCGAAAGUACUAUAACUGUAACGUUCGUUGAGUUUGUGAUUGAUCCACAUUUUUCCCCUUGCGUUAUGGAAAAUGUCUCUCAACAUUGCUUUAUUACAAAGUAAAGGAUGGUUUUACAAAAUUGAGACUUGAUGAGAAAUCAAUACUUAGGCCCAUGAGAAUGAAAGAAAUUAUCAAAUAGUGCUGAACAGAAUGAGGCGUUAACGCCGAGUUAUUAGGACUGGAAGGCUGUGAAAAGAUCUUGAAAUUGUCGGAAUAUGUGCCCUCCUCAUGUCAUAUUCAAUAGAAGUUUCUAGUGUAAGAUUGAUUUUGUGUUUUCUUAGACAUUUCAAGUGACAAAGUAAAUGUACAUAUUACGUGAUAAAUCUUGUUUUCAAGAACAUCAAAUUUCUGGACUUUUUUCUUUCACUCAACUUUUAAUUUUAAAAGUGUUUUCAGUAUAAAAAAAUCCAUUUACAAGCCAAAAAAUAUAUAAAAUAUACAGUGAAAAGC